CAAGAUGGAUGCGCGCUGUAACUCUUCACACGUGUUCAUGGUGUUGUAACUCACUGCUCAGUCUCUGUCUCAGUCUGAGUCUAUCGCUCACUCAUCAGUCGAGUCUCAUUAGAUCACUGGUAUCACCACUCACACUCGUACACACCGACGGAUCACCUGGAUAUAAGAAUGGUUCGUAAAAAGAUUGACAAUCGCAUCCGUGUGCUGAUAGAGAAUGGAGUAACUCUUGGCCAUCGAUCGAUGUUUGUUGUUGUUGGAGACCAUGGCAAGGACCAGGUUGUGAUCCUUCAUCACAUGUUAUCCAAAGCUGUGGUGAAGGCGAGACCCUCAGUUCUCUGGUGCUACAAGAAAGAACUAGGCUUCAGUAGCCAUCGUAAGAAGCGCAUGAAGAAUCUACAGAAGAAACUGAAGAGUGGUACCAUAGAUGUAAAUGAAGAUGACCCGUUUGAAUUAUUCAUUGCCGCUACUAACAUCAGAUACUGUUACUACUCAGAGACCCAUAAGAUCCUAGGAAACACAUAUGGCAUGUGUGUACUACAGGAUUUUGAAGCUAUGACCCCUAACCUGUUGGCCCGUACCAUUGAGACAGUAGAGGGGGGUGGGAUUGUAGUAAUUCUUCUACGUAGUAUGUCAUCUCUGAAGCAGCUGUAUACACUAUCCAUGGAUGUACAUUCUCGCUAUCGCACUGAGGCGCAUCAAGAUGUUGUGGGCAGAUUUAAUGAAAGGUUUUUGCUGUCUCUAGCUACAUGUAAGCGUUGUAUGGUCAUAGAUGACAAGCUGAGUAUUCUACCUCUAUCAUCACACAUCCUAGCCAUCAAACCAGUACCUCCAAAAACAAUGGAGGACAGUCUGAGUCCAAGUGAUGCUGAACUUAAAGAUCUUAAAGCAAGCCUCCAAGACACACAACCUGUGGGAUCAUUAGUGAACUGUACCAAGACAGUUGAUCAAGCCAAGGCAGUCUUAAAGUUUGUUGAAGCGAUAUCAGAGAAGACUCUACGCAGUACUUUAUGCAUGACUGCAGCCAGAGGCAGAGGAAAGUCAGCUGCCCUUGGUAUUGCCAUGGCAACAGCUGUAGCAUUUGGGUAUUCCAAUAUUUUUGUGACUGCACCAAGUCCUGAGAACUUGAGAACACUUUUUGAGUUCAUCUUCAAAGGCUUUGAUGCUCUGGACUAUCAGGAGCAUCUAGAUUAUGAGUUAGUUCAGUCUACCAAUCCGGAGUUUAAUAAAGCAGUCAUCAGAGUCAACAUAUACAGAGAGCAUAGACAGACAAUACAGUACAUCCAUCCAGGUGAUGCAGCUAAGCUUGGUCAAGCUGAGCUCUUAGUAAUUGAUGAAGCAGCAGCGAUUCCUCUUCCCCUGGUUAAGGAGCUCCUUGGACCGUAUCUCGUCUUCAUGUCAUCAACUGUUAAUGGGUACGAGGGAACAGGACGGUCUCUUUCACUUAAGCUGAUUCAGCAACUCCGUCAGCAGAAUGCAACAUUUGGCGCUAGUGGAAAGACAAACAGUGGAAACAGUCACACAGAUGCUGGAUCCUCAGCUGCAGGUCGUGUGCUGCAUGAAGUUAGCCUAGAUGAAUCGAUACGUUAUUCAGUAGGAGAUGAGCUAGAGCAAUGGUUGAAUGGGUUACUAUGUCUAGAUGUAACUAAUGUGCCUCGUAUAUCAUCAGGAUGCCCUCUGCCUCAAGACUGUGACUUAUAUUACAUCAAUCGAGAUACACUGUUUAGUUAUCAUAAAGCAUCAGAGUUAUUUCUACAGCGUCUGAUGGCUAUCUAUGUGGCUGCACAUUACAAGAACACUCCCAAUGAUCUGCAGUUAUUAUCAGAUGCUCCUGCUCAUCAUAUCUUCUGUCUAUUGGGACCUGUUGAUCAGUCACAGAAUACUCUGCCAGAAAUACUGUGUGUACUACAGGUGUGUCUGGAGGGACAGAUAUCUAAACAGAGUAUUAUGAGUAGUUUAUCAAGAGGCAAGAGAGCUUCAGGUGAUCUCAUCCCAUGGACUAUCUCUCAACAGUUUCAAGACAGUGAUUUUCCUAGUUUAUCUGGGGCACGUGUUGUAAGAAUAGCCACACACCCUGACUAUCAAGGGAUGGGAUAUGGGUCUAGAUCCAUGACUCUCCUUCAGCGUUACUACCAAGGUCAGUUUCCUAAUUUGGGUGAACAGUCUACAUCAGCAAGAUCACUUAAUACUGUGGAGAAUGAGGAGAUGGAUUUAAUAGAAGAAGUGAUUGCACCAAAGAAGAAUCUACCUCCGUUACUGUCUAAGCUGAGUGAAAGACAAGCAGAGAAACUGGAUUACCUUGGUGUGUCCUUCGGUUUGACUUCAGAUCUACUCAGAUUCUGGAAGAAAGGUGGAUUUGUCCCUGUCUACCUCAGACAGACUCCGAAUGACCUGACUGGUGAACAUUCCUGCAUUAUGAUGAAAGUAAUCAAUGAAGAAAUGACUCAGCAGCAAUCUGGUACUGAUUCAUGGCUCAUGGCUUUCUGGAAAGAUUUUAGAAGACGUUUUGUAUCACUUUGUUCGUACCAGUUCCACAGCUUCAAACCCUCCAUGGCUUUGAGUAUACUUCACCACAAGGAAUACAAGCCACAAACACAGCCGCUGCAAGUUAGUGAGUUAGAGUUAUACUGUACUAAGUAUGAUCUACAGCGUCUGGAGCUCUAUUCACGUAACAUGGCUGACUAUCAUCUCAUUAUGGAUCUAGUACCUGCUGUUGCUAGGUUACAUACAUUGAAUCGCUUACAGUCACAUCUAUCUGCUGUGCAGUUAGCGAUCCUUGUUGGUCUAGGUCUGCAGCAUAAAUCAGUAGAUUCCCUGGUGAAGGAUUUAGACUUACCGGCUACCCAGAUUCUUGCUCUGUUUAAUCGAAUCAUCCGGAAAGUGGUUCAAGAAUUCACUGAGAUACAAGAGAGACAGGUGGAGAGCCAGAUGGUUGUACCUGAGAAGGAGGUUAUCAUGGAACCAACCAGGCAAACAAUGAAACAGGAUCUGGAAGAGGCAGCGAGUGAAAUACAGAGCAAGCAGAAGAAGGAAUUAGAGCGACUGAAACUGAUGGAUUUAAGUCAAUAUUCAAUCAAAGGACAAGAAGCUGAAUGGAAUCAGGCAUUGAAAUCCGGCAAGAAAAAGAGUAUGGUUAGCAUACAAAGUGCGGAAAAAGACGUCUCCAUGAAGAGGAAGCCCAAGAUGGAAUUACAAGAAACAGAUUCACCAAAAGGGAACAAGAAAAAGAAGAAAAUGAAACUUGCAAAGUCUGCCAAAGAAUAAUUUGAGUACAUGUAUGAUCAAGAUUGCGUUCUAAUUAUAAAAGCUUAAAGGCAGUGGACACUAUAGGUGAAACUCAAAAUAAUUUUUAGCAUAAAACCUUACUUGGUAAUGA